GAUGACCGGAGACUGCGGACACAGUACAGGAGAUGACCAGAGACUGCGGACACAGUACAGGAGAUGACCAGAGACUGCAGACAGUACAGGAGAUGACCAGAGACUGCGGACAUAGUACAGGAGAUGACCAGAGACUGCGGACACAGUACAGGAGAUGACCAGAGACUGCAGACACAGUACAGGGGAUGACCAGGACUGCGGACACAGUACAGGAGAUGACCAGAGACUGCGGACACAGUACAGGGAGAUGACCACAGACUGCAGACACAGUACAGGAGAUGACAGAGACUGCGGACACAGUACAGGGAUGACCAGAGACUGCGGACACAGUACAGGGGAUGACCAG